AUGGAGAUAACCCAGAUAAAUCUGAAUCAUUGUGAUACCGCACAGCAACUGUUAUGGCAGUCAAUGACAGAAACGAAGUGCGAUGUUGCGAUAAUCUCAGAGCCGUAUCAAGUUCCCCCUGAUAACGGCAACUGGGUGUCAGAUAGAACAGGAAUGGCCGCGAUACACGUCAUGGGAAGAUUCCCUAUACAGGAAGUGGUCGAGAGCGCAAGUGAAGGCUUCGUGAUUGCUAAGAUUAACGGCGUCUUUGUAUGCAGUUGCUAUACCCCUCCGAGAUGGACAGUGGAGCAGUUUAGCCAGGUGCUGGAACAAUUGACCAAUAAGCUAAUCGGACGAAAACCAGUAGUCAUAGGAGGAGACUUCAAUGCCUGGGCGGUGGAAUGGGGCAGCAGAGUAACCAAUGCAAGAGGAUACAUCCUGCAGGAAGCUUUAGCAAAGUUAGAAGUACGAUUGUGUAAUGAAGGCUCCGUUAAUACAUUUCGGAAAGACGGUAGAGAGUCGAUCAUCGACGUCACGUUCUGCAGUCCUAAUCUGGCAGCAAACAUGAAUUGGAAAGUGAGCGAGGAAUACACUCAUAGCGAUCACCAAGCGAUACACUAUCGCAUCGGCCAACGAACCCCAGUGGCGACACGGAGAAGCAUUACCGAUGGGCGAAAGUGGAAGACGAAAACCUUUAACAAGGACCUCUUUAUUGAGGCACUUCGACCGGACGGCGGCGUCGAUAAUAUCGAUGCGACCGAACUGAAAAGAAGAAUGAUGAUGGCUUGCGACACCACAAUGCUGCGAAAAUCGGAGCCAACGAAUAGCCGCCGCCCAGCUUACUGGUGGAACGAGACGCUCAGUACGUUACGAGCUGCUUGCCUCAGAGCCAGGAGGCGGGCCCAGAGAGCAAGGACAGAAACAGAAAUAGAGGAACGCAAGUCGGCUUUUCGGGAAGCCAGGUCCGCUUUCAAACUGGAGAUUAAGCGUAGCAAAUCAAAUUGCUACAAGAGACUGUGUCGAGAAGCAGACGCCAAUCCCUGGGGGGACGCAUAUCGAGUUGUGGUGGCGAAAAUUAAGGUCCGUCCACCGUAG